UUAUCUUUAGAUAAUGGUGAUAUAAGUUACUUAAUUUUACCAAUGAUAAUAUGAUUAAUUAAAAACCAAUAAGGGAGUGUUAAUGCACCUUGAAUUAUACAAUUGUUGAUAAACUAACAAUAAGGUAAAUUGCCUAAAUGGAUAAAGUAAAACACAGUUGCUAAUUAUAGUUUUGUUUGAGCCAAGUAACCCGAUACUCCCGAUGGCCAAUGCGCCCCCUCCUUCUCCAGGCUUGCUCCUACCGCGCGCCUCGCUCCUGCGCACAAAGGCGCCCACAGCCCAUCGAACCCAUCACUCAGGGCUCGUUAGCACUCCGACGCUCAAGUUAGAACAGUCUUUCUAGAGAGAGAGAGAAGUGAAGUGUAGUUUUAGAGAGAAGUUCCAACCUGAGUAAAGGAGUUACACCCACUUCUCUAUUUAUACUCGGGGUAGGGUCGACCAUUGCCCCCCCCAAAUCCGCCCUACGUCAUUGUGCCAUUAAAUGCACUGUACUUCCACUCGCCUGGCGCCCUGGCAUUCUGACACAUUCUCCCUGGCCCUGAAGCGCCCGACCCCACAUUCUUGUCCCCUCCGUAUGCUCCUGGUUGUUGCCCACGGCUUGUCGCUAGGCGCCCCCUCUAGGCUGGGACCCACUACUCAGGUCACAGUUCUGGGCCUCCUCUUGGGCUGGGCCUUCCCUUUGGUAGGCCCUAACUCCCCACCUGCUGGGCCCUUUGGGCUUCCCUCUUGGGCCCUUAAGUGCCCCCUAGUUAGGCGUCUGCCGUUCGGCAGGGAUCUAACUUCCCCCAGGGCGCAACGAAGGUCCUCAUGCAUGCCCUCCUUCCCUCCUUUCGGGAGCGCGUGCUUCCUUUAAUGGUUUACUUCGGGCGCGCGCUCCCUUUCCGCGGUUCUCUCCCGCGCCUCGACGUCCCUCACUUUCGCCGAUCAGACGCCGUGCCUCCUUUCUUUUGUUCACCUCCCCUCUUUACUUUUCCUCACCCCUCUCCCUUUCUUUUUUGCAAUUUAUUUCCUCUUUUUCUAUAUUGCAGGCGGGCCGUUGGGCUUCCGCCUCGAUCUUCGCGAUCCCUCCCCCUCCCCCCUUGCCUGAAAGGAAAUUCAAAUUUCGAAAUUUUAAUUUCCUUCAGACUAGGCAACCGUUCGCCCCCCCUCGGUCUACCAUCCUCUUUCCUGCUCUCCUCCCCUAUAUAUUGCUCCUUCUUUAUUCUCCUCUCCUCAUUCUCGCAAAAGCUUAUCUCUCUAGCUUCUCUCUCUAAGUUUCACUGCUCGCCAUCUUCUCUGUCAUCGCGACUGGGCGCCUUUCGCUGCUGUGAGAUUUCGUCUCCCACUACCUACGCGCCUCUCAUCAUGGCCUCCACAAAUCAGCCCAAGUCCUCCAACCCUGCGCCUUCCGACGCUCCAGUCGCCGCCUCAGGUACUCCAUGUUUCUUGUUUUACGAAUUGCGUAACGCUUUGUUACUUACACGCCUUGUGCUUGCACGUCGCGCUCCACGAGGAUUGAGGGAACAAAAAACCCACUCUUACCUUACUCUUUUCCUGAGCGCCCCCCGCUUCUUACUUGAGCGCCCCUUUUCCUAAAGCAUUCCCCCUUGAGCGCCUCUCUUGACCUCCUCCUCUUCUUUUGACUUAGGCACCGGCGCGCCUCGAGAGUUCGGGAUAAGCCAAUAGGGCAACAUGUGGCCUUCUGGGUAUAUGCCCACUGACAUUGACCUGAUGUCCGAGGCAGACGCCGGGCCUCCGCACACGUCCAAGAUCUUGUAUUCCCGCUUCACAAAAUUAAUCCAGGCGGCGCAGAUGCCCGCAGACUGGCGCUAUGCUCACCCCUCUCCCAUCGCGCCCGUAGGGGUCUGUGGAGAGGGUUGGAUCGACGUGUACUAAGAGUACGCCCGCUUUGGGCUCCGCUUCCCAAUUGACCCCAUUCUUGAAGGCAUGUGUAACACCCCGGUAUUUUAGAUUUAGGUUAGACCUUAGUACGUGAUCGGUUGGAUUGACGGUCACGUACUAAGAGUUACAACCGCGGCCCAAAGGAGGUCGGCGCCUCCACUUUCCCCACCCAAGCAAUUAAUCUCCCACCCCAACCCUUUACACAACACAGCAGGAAAAAAAAUCCUUCUCAAAUAUUUGCAAGCUCUUGCGCCGCGGAGAAGAGAGAAGAAGAAGAAAGGGAGCCGAUACCAACCCCCUAUCUCAAUUCCGAUCUUAUCCCCUUUCGUUCUAGGUAAGGAUCACAAACCUCUUCGCGAUUUCGAAACUCGAUUUAUCGGUAGACUAAUCCGAAGCUCGUAUUUUUAUUAGCGGUGACGUUGAGAGUACGAUCAACAAGGAGAUCAACGUCCCGGGUCAUCCAACCUAGGCCUAGGCACGUUCUAGAGGUAAGAGAACUCGAUCCGUUUGAGUAAGAUCGAUUGAUUUGGUGAUUUUUCGUGAGGGUAGAAUUCUGGGGUUUUAGCAACAGGCUUUAUAGGCUUUUGGUGACAGAUAUUGAUUGGUCACUAAAGCUGCUGGGAAUUU